AUACACGGUAUCACUUCAGCAGCUACAAGAUGUAUGAAGCAAAUGAUAUAUUACCUUAUCAUAAGUGUUGUUUGGAGUCUUCCUAUUGUCAUCUGUACUCUGAGAAAAGGCCGCUUCUCACAUGUCAAGACUAUAUAGCUCCAGAUAUUGCAUUAUCAUGGGGAGAUCCUCAUCUGGUUACAUUAGAUGGUUUUCGGUACACAUUCAAUGGACUUGGUGAGUAUCUCUUGGCAAGUGUUGCCAAUGGACUCUUUUUAAUCCAAUCUAGAACAAAGCGUGCUGCAAACAGUGCUGAAGGAACAGUAUUUUCAGCAUUUGCAGUAAAACAUCGAGAUUCUGUUGUUGUUCAGUUUGAACUUAUUGAUGGUAACUCUACUAUUGUUUAUGUCAAUGGAAGUGCAGUCUCACGAGAUACUGAACAGUUUAUAGACAAUGAUCUUUUUCUUGAUACUACAUCAGCUAAUGGUUCUGUGAAGCUAUUGCAUGCAGCUGGAUUUAGUUUCACAGUCUCUCCUACAGUAGAUAUGCUGUCAGGAACAGCAUUUCUGUCACAAGAGUUUAAAAGGAAACAAACAAAGGGUCUUCUUGGAAAUUAUAAUGAUAAUUCUUAUGAUGACUUACUUCUUCCAAAUGGCACAGUCCUUAAUGCAAAUUCUAGUGAGAAAACUAUCUUUUAUCAUUUUGGAGAACUUUGGAGAGUCCAACCAGAUGAGUCCUUAUUUACAUACUUGCAAGGAGCAGAUUAUUGGACAUAUAAUAAUUUGACAUUUGUUCCUGAGUUUGGUCCUCCUACAUUCAAUAACAGUGCAUUGCAUAUGGAGGUUUUGAAAGUGUGUGGAGACAACUAUGCAUGUAUCUAUGAUGCAUCAAGAACACAGAGUGUAAGUAUAGGAAAGGCUUCAAGGCUAGCUGAUGAAUUGUUUCAACAACAAAAUUCUGAGCUGGAACGAAUUUCACCGAAUGUUACGGCUCCUGCAAUGAUUAAUAUGACACUAGGAAAGCCACUGAUUAUGUCCAUACUUUCAGAACAAGAUGAGUCAAAUACAAAAUUUGAAGUUAUUCAUCCUGCGUUUGGAGCAAGAGUCUCGGUAGGUGGAGUUUUGAACUGGACAGUGUACUCUGUGGAUCAUCAGCAUGCAAGCCUAAAGUUGGAAAUUGUAGUAACAUCAGAAAGUGGAGCAUCUGUUGGUUACCUACCGUACAUCAACUUCUGUGACUGCCUGAACAAUGGGAGCUGCAACUUUAAUAAUGCUUUACUGGAUGGGUAUGAUGCUAAUCGGUUCCAGUUUGUGCCAUGUAACUGUUCAGAUGCAUACACUGGUUGGCACUGUGAGAAUGACUUUGAUGGAUGCAUGAGUACCCCUUGCCUUGCAGGAACAAGCUGUCAUGACAAUGCUGCUCCUAUGGUUGGAUUCUACUGUGACCCAUGUCCAUCUGGCUAUGAAGAAAUUGGAGCAAAAUGCGACGAUAUUGAUGAGUGUGAGCUAGAGAUGAAUGACUGUGAACAGUUGUGCACCAACAGUCCAGGAAAUUUUUCUUGCUCAUGUUGGGAUGGCUACAAAUUAUCCCAAAAUAGAAAGAACUGCUUUGAUAUUGACGAGUGUCAGGAAGCAACUGAGUGUGAACAGGUUUGUGUGAAUGGUCCUGGAAUGUACAAUUGUUCCUGUUUUGCUGGCUAUAGUCUUCAAGAUGAUGGGUCUCACUGUCUUGCAUCUCACGUUUGUGGGACAAAUAAUUGCUCUCAGCUGUGUGCUGUUGUAGCAAAUCAGUCAAUUUGCAGUUGCAUUACCGGCUACAAAUUGAAUGAUGAUAACACAACUUGCUCUGUUUGCUCUUCUGGAAAAUUUGGUUUGGGUUGCAGUCUGAAUUGUGACUGUCAGAAUGGUGCACAAUGUCAUCAUGUUUCUGGAUGUAAUUGCUCAACAUUGCAAGGAUGGACAGGAUCGUUGUGUGAAAUAGAGCUGAACUUGUACAAGCCUAUCUUUAACUCCAACAGUUAUGCUGCAUCAGUGAAUGAGAGUGUGCCUCUUGGCACGACCAUUGUUCAAGUAGCAGCAGCAGAUGACGAUUUCAAUCAAGCAGGAGAAGUAAGAUUCAGAUUUGUAGCAGAUCUUUUUGAUCAAAAUAGUGGUAGUAAACUCUUCAGUAUUGAUCCCAAUACUGGAGUAAUUCAGACAACUGAUUUACUGGACAGAGAGAUAAAAGCAAGGCACGUAUUGGCUGUUGCAGCACACGACCAGGGAAUUCAGAGUCAGAAAUCUGCUGUGGCAACAGUAGUUAUUGACGUGGAUGACAUUAAUGACAACAGCCCAGUAUUCAAUCAAGCAUUGUACAUUGCUGAGAUUUAUGAGUCGGCUGCAGCUGGUAGUGUCGUUACAGUUGUCAGCUGCUCUGAUUUAGACUCUGUUGACGUGGGAAAACUUCUUUUUGAUAUAUCAGACAGUGUGGAUGGUAUGUUUGUUAUUGAUGAGACUGGCAUUAUUCGAACUAGCAGGUCUAUAGAUUAUGAACUAUCGGAUAACAUUCAGUUUUUAGUUAUAUGCACUGACUCUAUUGGUCAUCGCGUGCAAGCAUUAGUUGUUGUGAACAUUAAUCCUGUCAAUGAGCACAAUCCUGUAUUUCUCAAUGGCACAAUGCAUGUGGUCUCUAUCUUGGAAGACUUAAAUAUAGGCAGCUAUAUAACAGAGAUUCAAGCAACAGACUUAGAUGCCGGUCAUCACGGUCAUCUAUUAUACAACAUCACAAAUGGAAAUGUUGGUAAUCACUUUGCUAUUGAAGCAAUCAGUGGCAAAGUAUGGUUACGACAAUCUGUUGACUAUGAAAAACUUUCACAUUUCAACUUGACAAUUACAGCUCAAGACCAGGGCAGAAGACCACAAACUGCUGUAGCUUAUCUUGGAGUUUCAAUAGUUGAUGUCAACGACAAUGACCCGUUCUUUACGUCAUCACUAUACAUCAGUAGGUUGCCAGAGCCAGUGUCAUCGAAGGUAGAAGUCCAAAAAACAUUGUGUGGUGAUCGUGACUUGCUAGAUGUGGAUGGAUUAGAAGUUCAUCUUGUUGAUGACGAUGACAAUGGAUACUUUAUGGUUACUGCAAAUGGCAGUGUAAUGACUGUUCAUGAGCUGGAUUACGAAAAGAAGGAUAGUUUUGUGCUCACUUUACUGUGCACUGACAGGGCCAAUCAUACUGCAUAUGCUACUGUCAUAGUCUGGCUGGUACCGCACAAUGAACACACUCCUGUGUUUAUAAAUGGAUCACUGUACAGAUUGUUUGUGCCAGAGGAUACUUUGCCAGGUACCGUGUUAGGCACUGUCAAUGCAACAGAUCUUGAUAGGGGGCUACAAGGGUUAGUUCGUUACACGAUCACUGAUGGAGAUGUAGGAAAUGUAUUUGGUGUAGAUGAAAGAAAGGGAAGGAUCUGGUUGCAGAAACAGUUAGACAGAGAAACAGAUGCUGUAUAUAACUUGACAGUUAAAGCAAGUGAUGGCAACAGAACAGCGAUUGCACAUGUUAUCAUUUUUGUGUCUGAUGUAAAUGACAACUUUCCACGCUUUGUACCGUCAUUUUAUUCAGCAAACGUUUCUGAAAACUCAACAGUAGGUGUGACUGUCAUGAAAGUAACGUGUGUGGAUGCUGACGAGUUGGAUGAGGGUAAACUGAAAUUGAAGAUUAUUGGUGGAGACCUGACAGACAGCUUUGUUGUAAGCAAUGAUGGUAUUAUUGAAACCACAAAAAUAAUUGACUAUGAACAUCAGACAUCAUUUGCACUUGCUAUUCAAUGCUUGGACUCUGUCAAUCAGACAGCAAUGACAGUUGUUGCUGUUCAAGUUGUUGCUGCUAACGAACAUGCUCCAGUGUUUGAGAAAACUCAUCUAUCAUUUUCAGUAGAAGAGAAUGCAUUUGUCGGCGAACAGAUUGGUAGUGUCAAAGCUACUGAUGCUGACAAAGGUAGGCAGGGGCAACUUUCAUACUCAAUUACAAGAGGAAACUCAGAGAACAAGUUUUCUAUCAAUGCAGUUACUGGACAAUUGUGGCUGCAGGCAACUCUUGACAGGGAAGCUACAGCCAUUUAUGAUCUAGAAGUGACUGUCCAUGAUGGGAGUGUGGACUCAAAGAAUGCCACUGCAUCAGUGACAGUAAUUGUGACUGAUAUCAAUGACAAUGUUCCACAAUUUAUAAACCUAUUAUCUAGUGUGCCAAUAUCAGAGUACAGCAGCAUUGGUCAGUCAAUCUUGACAGUGUCAGUUAAAGAUGAUGAUCUCGGAGACAAUGCAAAACAUACUGUAACAAUCUCUGGAGGGAACAUUGGAGAUACCUUUGUGUUGAAUGGAAAUAUACUACAAUUAGCAAAAACUGUUGACUAUGAGUCCAUUUCACGAUAUUCUCUCACUCUUACAGCAACUGAAAUGCGACCACCUUUUGAGAAGGCUGUUGGCAUUGUGACAAUUCUAGUAGGCAAUGAAAAUGACAACAAACCUAUAUUUCAUCCAAGUAACUACAACAUUCAACUGAGUGAACGUGCACAGCCAGGCACAGUUGUUACUCGGUUGUUUGCUACUGAUUCAGAUGGAGAAUUAAAUCCCAUCAUAUUUCGGAUUUUGGAUGGUUAUGGAACAUUUAUUGUUAAUAGUGUUACUGGAGUUGUAUCUCUUACAAAGCAGCUGAAUUUUCGAAUAAAGACAUAUUAUGAAAUGACUGUUACUGCAUCAGAUACAAAAUUUGAGCAAUCAACUCUAUUGACAGUAUUUGUGUUGGAUGAUUUUGUAGCUCCUGAAUUUAACAUGUUACAGUACACUACUUCCAUUUUCACCAAUGGAUCAUAUCCAAAGUCGGUUAUCAGAGUGUCUGCAACUGACCGAGAUGGUGACAACGUUCAGUAUUUUAUUUACAAGGGGCAUAACCCUGGAUUUUUGCAUAUCAACAAUGAAAAUGGUGAAAUAUCUCUUUUGACUAUUCCACCUGCCCAUGUACUAAACUAUAGUCUGACCAUUGAGGCAGUGGAUGACAGUAUACAAAGUCUGACGGCAUUUGCUACUGCCUCCGUUUUUAUCAUUCAUGUUGUGGAAACAAAUGAUUUUGACCCUGAGUUUGAUCAGCAGGCUUACUUUGCUAAUGUUUCCGAGCUAGCAGGGUUGGACACGUUUAUUGCAAUCGUUCAUGCUGUUGAUAGAGAUGACCAAAAUGAAGUCAUCAGAUAUAGCUUUUCUCUAUCCAGUGCAACUGAUUUAUUUGUCAUCAGUCCUUUGACUGGAGAUGUGACAACAGCUGUCUCCUUUAAAGACACACCAUUAGAAACGCAAUACAAUUUGGUGGUUAUAGCAGUAGAUGAAGGAAUUCCACAAAGAUCAACUGAAGUUGAACUGACAAUCAAUGUGACGACAAACAAUCAUCAUGCUCCUCAAUUUGUUAGUCAGGAUUUUAAGUGGACUGUGGAUGAAAAUUCACCAAUUGGUAAAGUGAUAUCACAGCAAGAGUUGGCUAAGGAUAAUGACUCUGGUAUGGAUGGUGUGGUCGAGUAUUCUCUGCAUCCUAUUCCAGGAGGAGAGUCAUUUGCUUCACUGUUUACCAUUAACCUCAAGAAUGGUGAGUUUCGUGUCAAUGGCCCAAUUGACUAUGAAAAAUGGAUCAAGGGAGGAGAUGUUAUCAUUGUUGCAUCUGACAAGGGUAAAGUACCUAAAACCUCUACUGUGAUUAUUCACAUUGCUGUUACGGACAUCAAUGAGCGCCCAGUUUUCACAUUUCGCUAUUAUGCAAGUGAACUGUACAUUAAUGACAAACAGAUUGGGAAAACACUGCUAACACUGAAUGCCAUUGAUCCAGACAUUGGUGAACUAGCAGGUUUAGUCACGUAUACUAAACUGAGUGGUACAGCAGAGUCUUUUGUUAAGAUCAAUGGGCCUUCUGUUGUGCUGGCAGAGACAGGUACUGAAGUUGGACGUUUUUUUAUACUUGUUAAAGCUUUCGAUUCUGGAGAUCCAAAGCUUGAAAGCGAAGGCACUGCCACAGUUUAUAUAGAUGUUUUCAGUAAUGAAUAUUUAUGCAGCAUGACGCUAGAAGGUGCCACUGAGAGCGAUUAUAAGAACAACAAGAAAAACAUUUUGCAUACUAUUGCUCGCCCAUUCAAUGGAACAGCAAGAGAGCAAAGCUACGUGAGAGUGAGCAACAGGUCAAUUCUGUUGUAUUUCUACAUAUUGAAGGGAUCAUACUCUGACAAUCACACUGUGACAAAGAAUGAGUUGUCUCAGCGGGAGUUCAUUCCAGGAAGUGUGGUUGUGAUGGAGUUGGACAGCAUAUAUCUUUAUGAGGCAUCAUUAGACUUGGGCUUCAGACUUACGAAUGUCUCCAGCUACAGGGGCGGCUCAAAGGGAUUUUUUGAAACAACUGUUGGAAUUUCAUUGAUUGGAGCUGUGAGUGGAUUUGUUGCGAUUGUUUUGAUUUUACUGUUUUGCUGCUGCUUUUGCUGCAAAAAGCGUGACAAGGCGACUCAAAGAGAUGGUGGACGGCCAUACAUCACUGCAGGAAGCACUCCUAGUACUCGAGGAUCUACUCAUGAUUUAGACAUGGCAGAGAUGGCAUCAGGAGAUGACCUAGCUUUGAAGCAUAUGAUAGGGGCUGAUCCCAUUAUGGGAAGAACCUUCCGCACUCCUUGGUGGGAUCCAACGUAUGACUCUGGCCACAGUUGGGCUCCCCACCCUGAGCCCACUGGUGAGUCGUAUAAAGGCAGCAGCAAACAAGCUUCGCUGUCUCAAGAAGCUCUCAAUCGACUGAGUGAAGUCAGAGCGUAUACAUCCACCGAGAACUUGGACAGACGAAGUCCAUCACCUGAACCUCGUCAACAGAAGUAUGUGACGUUCCAGCCUGACAGAGUCGAACUACCUCCUUUAGAAUCAGAUGAUUACUACGAACGGUAUUUUGGUGCAGAAACACGAUCAUCUUCUCGGUUUGCAACAGAAGUGGCAAGAAAGAAGAGGCAGGAUAAGAAGCACUUGGCAUCAGCGUUGUAUGAUAGUCCCUUCUAGUACUGGUUUCAGUCCGUGCGUGGAUUUUAUCUCUAUGAGGAUUGACACAGAGUUGAUUGUUGCUGACAUAGUGGUCAAACAUGGCAUUCAGAUUAGAGUUUACUGUCAUAAGGAAGACUGUGCACAAAACUGUUGCAAUGCAUGAUGCUUUCAAUGCAAUGUGUGUGUUCUUUCUGUCCCGUGUAAGUAACACUGCCAUUGUGAUGA